AUGCAUAGACAGGAGCCAGUAGAUGCAAGUAAUCUAGCAGCGGAUGCAUGCGCUCCACAGCAGCAGCAUGAACGUCUGCAGCAGCAGCAGCCGCAGGGGCAUGCGCAGCAGCAGCAACCGCCGCAGCAGCAACAACAACAAGAACAGCAACAGCAACAACAGCAGCAGAAGCAACAGCAGCAGCAACAGCAGCAAGUAGCUCAGGCGCGCCCCCCGGCUCUGGCCUUCACACACCCGAAGGCGGGCUCGAUGGUCAUAGCUUCCUUGCGGCAGCAGGCGAACCCAAUCAUUAAGUUUUUCUCUUCUGUUCCUUUCUGUUUCGCGCCCAUCGCCCCCGACUUUCUUGUUGGGGUUGGCUCCUGUGUUGUCUUUCUUAGUUUAAAGUAUCACCGCCUGCACCCUAAGCAGCUGCUGCAGCGGCUGCUGCCGCUGCAGCGGCGGCGGGAGCUAAGCAGACGUUUUCUUCUGCUUCUGAACGACGUUGAGGGAGCGCAUGCAUCUCUUGCUCAAGUGAUCUUGCAUGCGUUCCACUACGGCUUUAUUCUCCUUGUUGCUGCAUCACCAGCAGAAGCAGCAGAGCUGCUGCAGCAGCUGAAGGCAUCUGAAAAUCGCGCCUCGGAUGCCUUGCAGCCCGCACUGGACGACAGACAUGCCCCCCGUUGUGCUGAGGUGCUGCGGGUCUUACCGUCAGUGAACCGCGCAGAUUUCGUUUCUUUAGCGAAGGAAUUCAGAUGCAUGCGAAAUAUAUUCAAGGCGCGGCAGCAGCAGCUGCAGCAGUGCCCCGGCAUAGGGCCCAAGAAGGUGCGAGUGCUGCUGGCUGCCUUCGAAGAGCCUUUCUUCCCUGACACAGACGAUAGGUUCACUGCUGCUGCUGCCAGCCGCAGCAUCGCAGCAGCAGCAGCAGCAGCAACAGAGGCAGCAGCAAUAAAGGACAGCGGCGAAACAGACACUGCUCAAGCCAACACAAAACAGCCAACGGCAGCGCUAAAAGCAAUCACAGGCUGA